AAUGUUAAUUAAUUAAUUUCUCGUGGCUCUUGUACUUCCUGCAGGAAAAAUAAUACUGCUACUGAAUAUAUGUAGAAUAGUGUGUAUAAGCACAAUAGUUUUGUCUGGCAAAUUGAAAUGGCAGCAACAAUAACCUUGCUUCUUUCUUUGCUCAUUUUAAUGGUGAAAGUCGGCGAUGCUCAACAAGUAUUAAAGCUUCAAAAUCCACUAUUGAUGAAUUGCAGAUUUGAUAAAAUAUAUCAAUUUGGUGAUUCACUUUCCGAUACCGGCAAUUGCAUCAGAGAGACCCUUUGUGGAGCUAAUUUGUCAUGUGGAGCACUUCCUUAUGGAAUGGAUUUUUACCAGAAUGCAACUGGGCGUUGUUCUAAUGGCAUGCUCAUCAUUGAUUUCAUAGCUGUGGAAUCUGGUCUUCCUCUGCUAAAUCCAUACAAGGAUGAAAAUGCAGAUUUUAGACAUGGUGUGAAUUUUGCAGUAGCUGGGUGUACUGCUUUAUCUGCCAAAUCCCUCGCAGGGAACAACAUUGUUAAUAUAGCACUUACAAAUAGUUCAUUGAGUGUGCAACUUGAUUGGAUGUCUUCUCAUUUCCAGAUCACCUGCUCCCCUGAUUGCCCAGAAAAAAUGAACAAGUCACUUUUCUUAGUUGGAGAAAUUGGAGGAAACGAAUUCAUUUAUGGCUUAUCACAAGGUAAAACCAUGGACGAGUCGCGAAGAAUGGUGCCGGAAGUUGUUCAGACCAUCAUUCAUGGCGUUAAAAGGGUCAUCGGUUUUGGGGCUACUCAAAUUAUAGUUCCAGGCAACUUCCCAAUAGGUUGUCACCCAAUUUUCCUAACAAAAUUCAUGACCAACAUCUCAACUGCCUAUGAUGAGUACCAUUGCUUGAAAGACUUAAAUAACUUUGCAAUAUUCUUCAAUCGUAAUUUGCAACAAGCCAUUGAUGAGUUGAAGAAAGAUUACCCAAACAUUACACUGAUUUAUGGUGACUACUACAACGCCUUUCUGUGGCUUCUACAAAAUGCCGGCAGUCUUGGAUUCGACAACAACUCCUUGCAAAAAGCAUGUUGUGGAAUAGGAGGAGAAUAUAAUUAUGAUGUACAUAGAAGAUGUGGUGCUCCAAGAGUUCCUGUGUGUGUUGAUCCGAGUACUCACAUCAGUUGGGAUGGAGUUCAUUUGACACAAAAUGCAUACCGUUGGAUAGCAAGAUGGCUAAUUGAUGAUAUAUUACCUAAAUUAAACUGCCAAGUUUAACUUCUUUCUCUUAAUUUCUUGCGGAAGUACAUCAAUCCAUUGUCAUGCAGUCCGUUAGCAGAGUAAUUGUUCUUUUUAUUGUGAAGAUAGCUAAUUGAUCGAUGACAAUUUGAAAUAGCAAGUGAUUUGUCUUUAUUGUGAAAGUGCACAUCAAUGUUACUCUCUCGAAUGCUAUCCUCUCAAAUUGAGAAA